UACAAUCUACCCACUAAUUUUACCAUCUACAUCAUAUCACAUUCGAGGAUACGUCAACGGACAAACCAAAAGAAACAAUACGAUCUCGGAGCGAAUGCAGCUAUCUGAUUUUUACUGGUCUUCAUUACUAGGCGUACGACGUCGUUGGAUGAAUGUACCGAGAGUUAAAUGUUAUUUUACGACAAUGAUAUGACAGUGGUGAUAGUCGCAAUUCAAUCAACGAUGAAGGGUUCGCUUCAGGUUCGACGGUUGUGACAACGGACUAAUGUCCAAGUCGAGUCUAUCUCCACCGUAAUUUAUCGAAUAAUUAUUACAAUUGGACAAUUUAUCGCUGUCUUGGCUGCCGUUAUUAACGACAACGAUCAUAUGUCAACAUUACGGGUGCUAAUCGGAUACAUGCGACUUUUGAAAUUUUACCAACAGCAGCAACUAGAGAGAAAAUGGAUGGGACGAGAGCAGCCGAGGUUUUGCCUUUGCUUCAAGAGCGUUUGGCUAUACUACCGGGUGGUCGAGAUCGUAGAGGCGGACCUGUACUUGUUUUUCCUACCACUCCGAGACGCGAACGUGCAAAACCCGAGGACUAUCGUCGUCUUUUGCAAUACCUUCUGACCGUACCUACCGAUGAGGUCAGAGGUUUACGGUUCACCGUGGUUGUGGAUAUGCGUGGUGCUACUUGGGACUCUGUUAAACCUAUUUUGAAGGUGUUGCACGAACACUUUCAUCGUUCUGUUCAUAUCGCAUUUAUCAUCAAACCGGAGAAUUUCUGGCAAAAGCAACGAACAACUUUGGCUAAACAAAAAAAGUAUAAUUUUGAGAUAAACACUAUAAGUUUGGACGCCUUGACAAAAGUAAUCGAUCCGUCACAGUUGACCGCUGAUUUGGAUGGAUCUCUGCAAUACGAUCACGCUCAGUGGAUCGAUACGAGACUCGCUGUGGAGGAUUUUACGUGGCAGGCGGCCGAUCUUCUCGAUAGAUUGGACGAUUUGCAAGAAGAUUUAAGUCGCAAUGAUUUUGCCGACGAUGUGGCUGGAGCAAAACACGGAAUUGAUUUGCACAAUGAAAUGAAGAAGAAAAUUAUGAAAGUUCCGGUAGAAGAGAUCGAAGUUGUCGGCCAAAGACUACUGCAACGUUUCGAUAAUAGUAUCGGUGCAACCAGUGGCGAAGGAGGUAGCAUCGAAAGUGGGGCGACUGGCGGUACCGAUCCGGAUGGACGAGCAUUGGCAACCUUAGUGAUUCAACACUUGGAUUCGGUACAUGCCGCGCAACAACAUCUUUUGCAGUUGUGGCAUAUUAAAAAACUUAAAUUGGAUCAAUGUUUUCAACUAAGACUCUUUGAACAAGAUUGUGAAAAAAUGUUCGAUUGGAUAUGUCACAAUAGGGAAGGAUUUUUGGCAAAUUACGUAGAGAUUGGUCGAUCGUAUCAAUUGGCCAAAAAUUUGCAGGAAGAACAUAAGCAUUUCACUAUGAGUUCUAUGAACGUUUACGUCAAUAUUAACAAGAUUCUAACAAUGGCCAGUCGUUUACUCGAAACGCAGCACUACGCAGCCGGACACGUAAGAGCUGUAGCCGGUCGAUUGGAUCGAGCUUGGAAAGAGUUUGCGGCAGGACUCGACGAACGUACGGCGGUUCUUAGUUUGAGCGUUGUUUUUCAUCACAAGGCCGAACAGUACGUCGAUAACGUCGCGGGAUGGAGUCAAGCUUGCGAUGCUGGCAACUUGGCUAACGAAAUACCAAUCUUGGAAUCUCACAUACGUCAACAUCAAACUCUUUACGAGGCGAUGUGUCAAGCCUAUACAGAGGUUUAUGACGCGUAUCAAGCACUUUUGAGCGGACUAGGCUCGAUGCUGCAAGUUUGUCACAGCUUGAGUUCGACCCACGGUCCGAGCUUGGACACGUUUCGCAACGAUUAUAGCCAAGAUGGGCACAGCAUCGAUGGGCAUUCGGGAAUGAGUGGAAAUCCAGCCGCGGAUUAUAGCGAGGGCGCGUCGCAUGUGUUGGCGGUGAUUCAUCAAAUUUUGGGUCAUCACAGAGCAUUAGAAGCUCGUUGGCAUGCCCGAAAAGUGAAGCUACAUCAGAGACUCGCGUUAAGAUUAUUUCAAGAGGAUGUGAAACAAGUUUUAGAUUGGUUGACGAACCACGGCGAAGUAUUUAUUAGAAAGAACACGGGAGUAGGUCGAAACCUUCAAAAAGCAAGGGUGUAUCAGAAAAGUCACGAACACUUUGAAAACGUUGCACAGAAUACUUACACGAACGCCACCAAAUUACUUACCGCUGCACAAGAAUUGGCGCACACAGGAGAAUGUGCUGCGGAUGAGAUAUAUGCCGUGGCACAGGAAUUGGAAGCUCACGUGAGCAGUUUUGCAGCGAGAGUCGAGCAACGUAGACGAAGACUGGAUUUAGCGGUUGUAUUUUACACGCACGAAAAAGAGUUGAGUGGUUGGGUGGACGAAUUGCGGCAAGAAUUGCAACAGGACGAGGUGGCGGAGAAUUUGGAAACGGCGGAAAGGCUAUUGGAGCAGUGCGCGCAGCAUAGAGCAUCUUGCUUGGAGGCUUGCGCGUCGACUAUAGUACAAGGCGAAGCGUUACUUCAGGAACUUCGAGAAUCUACCGAUGCUCCCGAUACCACCGGUUCCAUAACUGCGGUGGAAGCUGCACUCGAUAGGUUAGCCGGGUUAAGACAAGAAUUGGAAGAUUUGUGGGCUACCAGAAAAUUGAGAUUGGAACUUUGUUUGCGAUUGCGCGUGUUUGAAAGAGAUGCCUUGGAAGCGAGCGGACAGUUGGAGAUGUGGGCACAAGAAUUGCAAGGCCCACCUCGAGAAGGUUCACCGGAGCAAUUGUUACGUGUACACAACGAUGGCGUUGCUCACAUGCAGAAUACCGCUUUUCAGGUUUUACAACAAGGUCAAGAACUCGCGCAAGUAUUGGAACAAUCUGGAGUCUGUAUAAUGGCAGAUGGACAACAUAGCGCCACUUCUCGGGUUCAAGUACUUCUCGAAUUCUUAAACGAAAGAGAAAUGGACGCGGAAGAUCUAGCAGAGAUGAGAAGAGUUCGACUGGAGCAAGCUUCUCAAUUGGUACAGUUGCAAACCGACGCUACUCACGUAGCCAACUGGAUUCGUAACGGGGAAGCUAUGCUGCUGGCAUCGUUGAGAGUCCCGGAGAAUCUUCAAGACGCCGACCAGUUACGCCUAGAACACGAACAGUUUCAAGUUGCUAUAGAAAAAACACAUACUUCGGCUGUUCAGGUAAAGCACAGGGCCGAUGCGCUCGUCAGCGCGAAUCAUUACGAUCCGAAGAGUAUAAGGGAGGUGGCCGAGGAGGUGACCAAGAGAUGGCAGCAACUAGUUACGUGUGCAGAGGAGAGACAUAAAUUAGUAACCGCUAGUAUAAACUUUUACAAGACAGCGGAACAAGUGCGUUCCGUAUUAGAUAGCCUCGAACGUGAAUACAAAAGGGACGAAGAUUGGUGUGCCUCUGGCGAAAAAGCUACGCAAGUGCCGACACUUGUCGGUAAACAUCAAGAACAAAAGGAAGCGUUUUUGAAAGCCUGCACGUUAGUACGACGAACUGCGGAAACAUUUCUCAAAUAUACGAAUCGCAGUCUCCAGUUUUAUAGUUACCAGGCAAACAGCGCUGGUUCCGAGAAUAAAGUUAAAAGUAUUUUGGAAGAAUUACUUUGCAAGGAGAAUCGAGUGCUCGAGUACUGGACUCAACGUAAAAAGCGGUUGGAUCAGUGUCAUCAGUAUGUACUGUUUGAGCGCAGCGCUAAACAAGCUUUAGAAUGGAUUAGAGAAACAGGCGAACUAUAUUUAGCCACGCAUACUAACGUUGGAAAAAAUCGUAUCGAAAACGAGCAGUUGUUACGAGAGCACAACGAGUUUAAAGGAGCUGCAAAAGAAACAAGAGAGAGGGUUAAACUGUUGAUUCAAUUGGCGGACAAUUUAGUGGAAAAGGGCCAUGCUCACGCGACAGCGAUCAAGCAGUCUGUUGCCGAAGUGGACCAACGAUACAAAGAUUUUAGUACGCGGAUGGAUUGUUACAAGACUCAAAUCGAAGAUGAUUUAGGAAUUCAGUCCGACGAUGGUCAAAAAGAUUUGUCUAUCGAUCGCAAUUCGGAUCCUUUGCUCGAGGAGAAAAUCAAGGGAAAAGAUCUGAAGGAAUUAAACGAGGAGAAAAGGAGAUCGGCACGACGAAAAGAAUUUAUAAUGGCUGAAUUGCUACAAACGGAACGUACCUAUGUGAAAGAUUUGGAAACGUGCAUUCGGUGUUUUUUGGAAGAAACGCGAUGCGGAAAAGGAAACGUUCCGAUGGGAUUGCAAGGUCGAGAAUCUAUAAUUUUUAGCAAUAUGGAGGAGAUUCAUCAAUUUCAUAGUAACAUAUUCCUUCGUGAACUCGAGAAAUACGAAACCAUGCCGGAGGACGUUGGACAUUGUUUCGUGACAUGGGCACCGAAAUUCGACAUGUACGUGAUGUACUGCAAAAACAAGCCGGAAAGUAAUCAGUUGUUGGUUACUCAUGGCGGGACGUGGUUCGAGGAAUUACAAAGGAAACAUCGCGUCGAACAUCCGAUCGCUGCAUACUUGAUUAAACCCGUACAAAGAAUUACCAAGUAUCAGCUACUGCUCAAGGAUCUUCAGGCUUGUUGUCAAGAAGGACAGGGCGAAAUAAAAGAUGGACUAGAAGUGAUGUUAAAUGUGCCUAAGAAAGCAAACGAUGCCUUACAUUUGAGCAUGCUGGAAGGUUGCGACGUAAGAAUAGAUACUCUCGGUGAUGUUGUACUACAGGACUCGUUUACCGUGUGGGAUCCCAAACAAUUAAUUAGGAAAGGUAGAGAUCGGCACAUAUUUCUCUUCGAAUUGUAUCUAUUGUUUAGCAAAGAAGUGAAGGAUUCCGCUGGGAAGGUGAAAUACAUUUAUAAAAGUCGAUUGAUGACCUCCGAAUUGGGCGUAACCGAGCACAUCGAAGGAGACGAAUGCAAAUUCGCGGUUUGGACUGGACGAGCGCCGACCAGCGAUACACGCGUCGUUCUUCGAGCCAAUUCGAUGGACGCGAAACAAUUAUGGGUGAAGAGAUUGCGCGAGGUUAUUCAAGAAACCUAUUUCAGUUUAAGCAUGCCCAAGAGUCCCGCUAAAAAGAGUUCGAGUCAACGUUCUAGUAGAGAUCUCGAGGAAUGCGCUUCUCUGGACGACAGCGUUGAAAAUUUGGAUAGAAAUUCUCUCGCAUCGUUUGGAUCCACCAAUACCACAGACUCGGAUAAGACUGGUGUAGUCGAAGUGACAUGGAUUAUCGCGGAUCACUCGGCAGCACCUGGCUCGAAAGAGUUGACGGUAACGAAAGGUCAGCAAGUAGAAGUAUUGGAAAAUGGAAGCAGUAUAACCGGUGUAAACACACCCGAGUGGACUCACGUGCGUUUGCUGGUUGCGCCAGGACAAAUCGAUCCUCCGCCAGAAGGGUUGGUGCCUACGAGUGCGCUUAAACAACCUCCGUCAACUUCCAGUAAGACUUCGCCAUCUAGAAAAGCUCCAAAUCAACCGCAGCAGCAGCAACAGCAGCAGCAACAGCAGCAGCAGCAACAGCAGCAGCAGCAACAACAACAACAACAGCAGCAGCAACAGCAAUCGAGCAAUCAAGUACAAAGUCAAAUCUUUGGUGGUAGCAGUAUCGGGACGUGUACAACAUCCGGUGUUGCGGGAACUGCAUCGUCGUCGUCGUCGUUGUCGUCUUUGUCGCCACUGGCGAUCGGAGUAACUACGCAAAAUGCCGUUACGCCUGUAUCGCAAGACGAAACAGAAAAUGUUGUCGCAAACGAUGGAAGCGGCGUCGCCAACACGAGCUCUCCUGGAAACAAGAGACGCGGUUUCAGCGGACGAAAGUGGCUGCCGCCGCCAUUGCGAAAGCUCAGCCAAGGUAAAGUGGAGAAAUCGGUAAAUGCGACAGCAGCGUCGACCUCGAGCGCAAUCUCUGGUGUGCCGUUGAGCGAUCGUUCCACCUUGAAGAAGAACGUUUCGGAAAAACGAUUUAAAUUACCGAGCGGUAACGAACAAAUUCGAUUAUCGAGACCCGGACCUGUUUCCAUCUCCACCUUGGCAUCCGCAGCCGCGUCGAUGCACGUGUCCGAUUCGGUAUCCGACGCGGAUCUCGAUACCGAACUUUCGACCGAACUCGAACCCGAAGAAGAGGAAGAAGGAGAGAUCGAGCAGAGCUCCGAGCUAGAAGAGGAUACACCAGAGCCCGACGACACCGAGGGACUAACUUAUUCGGAGCAAAAUGGAGCGGACGAUGUCGAGGAUGAAUUGGAACUUCCACCACCGAUGAAACCUAUCACGGAGCCGAUACUCGUAGGAACUACCAACGGAUCUUCGGGAUCUACGAUUCCAACCGAGGGUUGCGCAAAGUCUACGACAUCCGAGCGGUCCGCUAAGAUUCUCGAUGGCGCAACGAGAGUUGAUUUAGCCGAAAUCGAGCAGAUCGUGAAAGAAAGAAUGGAGCAGCACACGGAAAAUCAAGAGAGACAGAGCCUGAUGCGAACGCCCAGCGGUAAAGGGUCAAGUAUCGGCACGAUGGCUAGCGAAGACGGUUACAACCAAGAGUCUGUGUCUACGAUGGAGGUUACCGCGACGACCAGUAGCCCUGCUCAUAAAACCAUGGAGGAAUCCGAUCCUGAAAGCACCAUUCUUACGAAGCGACAGUUCGUGAUUCGAGAAUUGGUAGACACGGAAAAAGAUUACGUGAACGAUCUUAGACAAAUAGUCGAGGGAUACAUGUCUUUAAUGCGAGAUUCCGAGUGUGACAUUCCUUUGCCGGAAGAUUUGCGCGGUGGAAAAGACAAGAUGGUGUUUGGCAACGUAGAAGCGAUCUACGAAUGGCACAGAGAUUUCUUUCUGAAAGCUCUGGAACGCUGUCUGGAACGUCCCGAGGAACUUGGCCCGUUGUUUAAACGGUACGAGAGAAAGUUGCACAUGUAUGUUGUUUACUGUCAGAACAAACCAGUUUCCGAAUACAUCGUUUCCGAGUAUAUAGACACUUAUUUCGAGGAUUUGAGACAGAAGCUCGGACAUCGAUUGCAGUUGUGCGAUCUCCUGAUAAAACCGGUACAAAGAAUCACCAAGUAUCAGCUUCUGCUUCGCGAGGCGUUAAGGCUUACCGAGCGAACACGAAAGAUCUCGGAAAUCGAAGGCCUUAGAGCCGCGGUCCAUGUAAUGCGGGUUAUCCCAAAGGCAGCUAACGAUAUGAUGGACGUUGGAAGACUUCAAGGUUUCGACGGAAAAAUUACGGCGCAGGGUAAAUUAUUAUUGCACGGUCCACUCUUGGUAUCGGAAUUAUCGAAUCCACCGAAUAGAGGGAGGGAGUGGCAAGUUUUCCUUUUCGAGCAAAACAUUAUUUUCAGCGAGGCUGUCGGCAAAAAAACUCAAUUCACAAAUCCUGCCUACAUUUACAAAGCUCACAUCCAGGUGAAUAAAAUGAGUCUCGACGAAUGUUACGACGACCCAGAAAAGUUUAUGAUUCGAUCAACGGAUCCUCGGAAACCUGGUCUUGGAUUCUCUUGUAACGCCCUAGAAGAAAGCGGGCCACGGAAGCAGGAAUGGGUAGACACGAUCACUGCCAUCCUGCAGACUCAACGCGACUUCCUCAAAGCGAUACAGUCGCCGAUCGCCUACCAAAAGGAACUUACCAAAGAUCCACUUCGUGGCACGAGCCCGGAAUCUCCGUGUCGAGGGAGCGUACUUUCAACGGUUUCAUCAACGAUACCGAGCGUGUCUAAAACGAGCCAAGAACGAGAAGGAAGGAGCGAGGUCUGUACCAUAGGUCUCGGUACCGCUUCAAAAUCAUUAGCAGCGGCAAUAAUGACCACCGCAGCGACAGCAACCGCAACGACGACGACAUCGCUUUUCCAACGAUCUCGCACCGGAGGAGUCAGUUCGAGUCAGGAUUCUUCGCGAACGCCAAGCCCCACCAAGAGUAGACUAAAUUUUUUCGAAGGAUUUAGGAGCACUCUUCGUCCUCGAUCGCCUGUUUGCAACAACUCUAUCCCGAUCGUUCCAGGUAGCAGAGUAAGGUUGACCGCUGAUUGGGGCAAAUUACAUGCCGGAGAAGAAUUGGAAAUCUCUCGACUGGACGGUCCAGGCUUGAUCGUCUCUCCGGUGAUCGGAAAGAAGGAAGAGUUUUGGAUACCGGCGAGUCUCGUUCCAAAUUCGUCAAUCAGCCGCGCAUGGUCGUUUCGUCCGCGAAAAAUCGAUUCCGAUGGAGAGAGCGUCCGUCUUCCGCAAGAGAUGAACGCGGAAGAGAACGGUCCUCCCGCGAUCUUGACUAUUCCGUGUUCGAUCAGGGCGACGGCCGGUGGCGUGGCUCGACUCGUGCUGGAGACGCGUCGCGUCGAUCGAGCGCGCGUCUCUUGGAGAAAGGAGGGCCAACGAUCUAACAUCGAGGGAGGUGAUCGAUAUCGACUCUGCCGAACAACCGAUUCCCUUUCUCUCGAGAUCGCCCCUUGCCUGCCCUCCGACUCCGGAAUUUACCAUUGUCGCGUCGAACACGAAACAGGUUCUUCUUGUUCGGCCAAGAUUCCACUUCGAGUUGUAGGGAUCGAGCCAAACGCUUGGAACGAUACGAUCGAGAUCACCGUACCCCGACCGAGUCCGUCUACCAACGAGUCACCGAUAAUCGACCAAAAGACUACCGCAAUCUCCAAUUCCCAGAAGAGGAGUGCCAGUGCCAGUGCCAGUGCCAGUGCCAGUACCAGUGCCAGUGCCAGUGCCAGUACCACCACCACCACCGCCACGGGAACAAAUUUGGAAAUCGCGACCCGAGAGGCGGAACAAUUUACCUAUGUAGGAACCUACGUACAACUAGAAGAGCUGGGAAAUGGUAGAUUUGCUAAAGUAUACCGUGGAAGGGAUCGAGAAACUGGCCGACAAGUGGCGCUUAAGCAAAUAUCUCGAGCGAAGCAACCACGAUCGAUGACGCGCGCAGAGUUUGAUUUACUCGGAACCACUCGUCACGAUAAUAUCAUUCGAGCGUUUGCUCUCUUUGAAGAUAUGCCACAAUCCGACAUCGACACUAUCGUUUUGGAACUGGUCAACAACGGUACGACCUUGUUCGCAUAUCUCGGUGAAAAGACCGACUACACGGAAGCAACCGUUUCGAGGUAUACCGGUCAAAUAUUGUCCGCGCUCCAAUGGUUGCAUUCGCGACAACGAGCUCAUUUAGAUCUAAAACCGGAGAAUGUUUUGAUCGAUCGAGAAACCGACGCUGUUAAAUUGAUCGAUUUCGGUGAAGCUGUCAGAACCGCACCUCUCGAUCAAGUCGUUCCGCCUGUUGAUUUGGAAUUUGCGGCACCGGAAUCGGUCCUCGGUAGACCGAUAGGCUCCUAUACGGACAUGUGGGCUACCGGGGUAUUUCUAUACGUACUUUUAAGCGGCCUUUCACCCUUUCUGGACGAUUCCGUCGAAGAAACAACCACCAAUAUAUUGAAAUGUGAUUUUUGUUUCCCCGACGAAUAUUUCGAAAGGAUAUCGACCGAUGCGAAACAUCUUCUCAAGAAACUGCUAUGUCUGCGCGGAGAAGAGAGAUUGACUGCUCGAGUUUGUUUGUCGUCACCUUGGUUUCAGGUACCGAUUGGCGCCACGAUUCCUUCUUCGCGAAUGAUUGCGUUUAUCGACCGACGCGCGCACCGCUCGAAAUCUCGUCAGGAUCGAAACAGUAGUUUUUAUUCGUGAACAAGCUGUACAUCAUUCACAAAGGACACGUAUUUAUCCGUGGUGAAUUUUAUAAGAUUCUGGCCAGCGAUUUCGGCCGAUUGUAAAUAAAACUGCAGCCGCAAAGAGCUGCUCGCGCGCAAGUAUUCCCAAUUCCCCUGUCGAGCCGUGUGCGUGUGCGCGUACGCGCGCUGACCCACACUCCUCAAAUUGCCUGCUAUAUGAAAUAAAUAACACACCAUCACUGUACCGAUUACAUCCUGACAAACUCACGCAGAGUUUCUCUUUGUCACGUGUAAAAUGCAUUUUUGUCGUUACAUUUCGCGUACUCGUGUACUUUUUAAUGUAAAAACAAACAACAUUAACUGGGCUAAUUAUUGUGUUUUUGUAGCCUCGAAUUUUUAUACCUUUUUUAAUCAAACUACUUUUAUCGAAUUUCACAGAUAAAAAACGAAACGAAAGGAAACGAAACGAAA